AUGCUACGUGCCCGAGCUGUCGCUGUGGGCUUCACUCUCUUAACUGUGGCCAAAACGAUGACCUCUGUGGCAGCGACGGCAUCCUCCGAGCCCCGGGGGCUGCAUGCAUCAGUCACCCCGGAUGCACGCACCGGGAGCCCGCAGCAGAGGCUCCAGAAGCUGCUGGCGGUGCCGGGACACCAGCCGAGCCGGAUGAACGACCUGCUCCUCCUCCGGCCUGAAACAGACAGUCCCACUGCAGAGGAGAGGAGCAACAACAAGCAUGUGGUGUUUUUUCAUGGUGACAUUCAGAACUUUGAGGAGGACAUGGCUCUGCAGCCGGAGGGAUCUCAGUGGCUCCGCUGGAGUCUGGAGCAGGUCGCUCUCACGUUGGGCCGACGCUUCCCUGACCGCCAUGUUUGGAUGGUCAGAGCCUCCAACAUGUACCUCCACAAGUUCAGCUGCUACCACAACUUUGUGGAGAGCAACAUGUUCGGAGCACCGGAGCACUCGGCUUACUCCACUGACUUUGGAGCGUUUCUCCACCUCAGGGACCUGCUGAGCCACGGCAUGGAGCGAGCUGACCUUCCACAUCCCCUGCAGCCACAAGGAGGCGCCGACAGCAUCCCCUCAGGCUUCUCCCUCAUCCUGGUGGGCUUCAGCAAAGGCUGCGUGGUCCUGAACCAGAUGGUGUACGAGCUGCCUGGGGCCAGAGCGGACCCCCAGUUGUCCCACUUUAUCAAACAGAUCACAGACAUGUUCUGGCUGGACGGGGGGCACCCGGGGGGCAGCGAGACCUGGGUGACUGACAAGCAGGUUCUGAAGGAACUGGCGUCCUGCGGCGUGUCGAUCCACGCCCAUGUGACACCGUACGAGGUGUGUGACCCGAUGAGGGCCUGGGUGGGCCGCGAGCACACACUCUUCAUUAAAACCCUGGAGGAGUUCGGGGCCUGUCCCGGUAAGAAGCUGCACUUUGAGAACGAGCCCCCCUCCAUCGAGAACCACUUCAGGGUCAUCCAGGAGUUCUGAGCUCUGCUUACAUAAAAACAGCACGAUACUGAGCGAUUAGCUGAACUUCUGUGACCGCUUUAGAUGAUGACAGAGUGUCUUAUUCGCUGCUCGUACCUCGUUUCUCUGGGAUUUAAGGGCUCAGAGUUUGACGGACGCUGGCUCGUUGUACGCUCUUAGACUACAUGCACUUGAUCCCAGCUUCAAAGAUUCCCUGUUAACGUGCUGCAUCCUGAUCCCCCCCCCAAACUUCACCUACCCCGCGGCUUAGAGUGCUCCUGUUGUUAGGACGCACCUUUUCAUUUGGGAACAGGUGUUGUCAUCAAACCCUCAAACACACUCCAAAAUGCUCUGGUCAAAAUGUUUGUUACGUCGAGACCUCUCAGUACCGCUGGUUUAAAAACGAUGCUCUCCGUUAUUUUAGUGAAUGAUAGUGUCACAAUGUGCUAAAGCUUAAAAAUAAAAACGAGAUAUAUUUCAUAAGAGAGGCGCGUAGGAGAGGAAUGACCUCCUAAAAAGCACAAGCUAACUUCUGCUCACUUUCUAUAUUGCAUAAAUACAUUGACAACAUUUCGACAUUGCCUACAUUUUUGUGCAAUUAAGACAAUAUGUAAAAGUUUGCUCACAAUUUUUGAUGAUUGAAAACAAGAGAUGACCCACAGUUUGGUGUCUAGGACUUGUAUUUCUGUUGCCAUGGUAUCGAGACAGGGAUUGAUACAGUUUGAUUUUUACUAGAAUCAUAUUAAAGUUAAUCAUUCUGGUAUCAUCACAACCCCACUCCAAAGCCGUAGACAAAAUUUCCCUUGCAAACUUGAGGUUAUUUUAAAAUGACACAUAGCUACCAUUGCGGUGAAAAACCCGUAUUUUUGUACAGAAUCAAAUCAGAAAUUAAAAUUUGGAAUAUGUAAUUGUAAUGAUUAUUCACAAAUUGGUCAUCGAGCUUUUUCAGAAACUGAUAUCUCGUGUUGCAUGAAUAAAGCGUAAACAGUGUUCUAACAAAUGAUCGACGCAGUACAGGACGCUCCUAAAUUCGGGGUAGGACCAAAAGGGGGGGGGACUUUGGGAUUGGGUCUGUCGGCUCUGAUAAGAAUAUGCAGAUAUGAAAACGUCGACCUUUUUCUUUCCUUCUGAUUCAGACUUGUGUAGACUUCAUGUUGUUUCAGGUCGAUCGUACCUCUGAGAGACUUCAUUAACGUUUUCAGAUAAAGUGAAGCAUGUUGAUUUAUGUUAAUUUAACUCGUCUGUGAUUUUAAACUUCUCCUCAAACCUGCACCUGUGUGGAGCUACUUUAAGACAGCAGAAUGUCUGAACUUCCUCCCUCGUUCCUCAGAAGAGAUUCUUGAUUGUACUAAAAUGUUGUGGCUCGUUUCUUUCACCAGAUACGGGAUCAGAAGUAGAACAUGUAUUUCCUUCAGUUUGAUCCUAAAGUAUACCGUCUCACAAACGUUUCUUAUUCAAAUGUUGCACAGCUGCACUCUGGAAAAGAAGUAGACGACACAAAAACUACAUCUGGCACUUCUUUUGGAUUUGAAUCAGUCCAUCAUUUCUCAAAUUAUUCCUUCAGAUUUUUAUUUAAUGAUGUCAGAAAAAUAAUAUUUAUCAUCGUUUCCUGACAGACAUGAAGCCUCAAAAUGUUUUGGUUUGUCCAUGACGCAAAGAUAAUUAUUCAACUGUCCGGGAAACAAACUGAAAACAUGUAUAUAUUUAUUACCUGACAGUCUGGGUAAACGUUUAAAAAAAAGGAUAACUGUUUAUCAAGACAGUUGGAGAAUCAUUUAAUAGUUGAGAACUAAUCAAUGAAUUAACAGAAGAAGCUUUUGAUUGUAUCGCAUUUUUAUGAAGCUGAGCUGUGGGGAUUUUUGUGUUGAUCGCUUUUUUUUUUUUUUCAAACAAAAUGAACUUUUUAAACAUUUUAUUUCUUUCACCAACACACACACUUUAGAUCAGAAAAUAAUUUUUUUUUUAAAUUAAAUAUCAGCUUUUCAUUCACCCCUAAGCAUGGUAAGUAACUUUAGUGUUUGAACACUUCAACUUAUUUUCUUGAGAAAUUGUAACUUUCAGACACAUUUCCAUGACUGUUCUUAAAUGACAGACGCUGCCUGAUUGUAUUAAGAAAAUGUCUUUUUUUCAUGAUCUGUUUUCCUCAUGUUGUCAGAAUCACGGUGGGAUUCAGCCUAUUGACUGUUUAAACUUAUGAUAUAUUUGUGAAUGCAUCCUUGCUGUUUUUGUGUCGACGUGGCAGCCUGUGUUGAACGACUUGAUCACUCCAUGAUCUGUAUGUAAUCUUUCAGAGCUUCUUUGCACUAUGGCGAUGAUGACGGACGCAGUUUUGCUGAAUGUAACUUCUUAUCAUUCCAUUGUGUUUACGACCUGCUGUGUGCCGUUUCAAAAACCCUGAAGGUCUGAGAGGAGUACGGAUAACAUGAACAUCCAUUUUGAAUGUGUUCUGCAAGGACAGCUCCACGACAUCAUACUUUAAAUCAUCUACUUUUCAUUUUGUUAACAUUGUCAUCAAGACGAUUUAAUCUUUACAGGAGAGGACAGAGAAAUCUAUCUGUGAAAGGAGGGCUUCUGGUACUCAUUUUGGGGGUAGAAAAAGUUCAGCAUGUAGCCACUAAACUUCUGUAAUAGCCUCGAACAUGAUCCUGGUGUACUCUAAAUGUGCUUGUUUGUUGUUUUUUUUUUUUUUACCACUGACAGGCUCAUAUUGUUGUUUCAAUCCCUUCAGAGGUUAAAUUCUGAUUUGUUUUAAAAAAUAGAAACAGCUGUAAAAAUACUCUAACUAUCGCAGCAAUAAAUCUCAUUGACAAAAACAGUCAUCUACCCUGCAGGACACACAAGUUGCCGGUGUACUGCUGCCUCAAUUGGUUAGUUUGUGUGGCUUUGUUGUAUUUGGUUUAUUCAAAGCUGACAAAAUACACAAACUGACAAACCCAAAAACAGUACGACAAAAUAAGCAAUUGCGGCAGCGAGGUCUGUGGCCUGCAGGGAGAAAUGACUUUGUCAAUGAAGUUUGGCGGCUUUGAAGUGUUGUUGUGACUAGCCUAAGACAUGUGUAUUUAUUAUUCAUUUUAUCUAUUAGUCAUUGUAGUUAUUACACCCCAAAAUAUGUGGAGAAAAAAGAGGAGAGUGCAGGUUUAAAAUGAGUAGAAUUAAGCAGCAGUGUGGAGAAAGUAGAAAAUGUAGAAGAACAAAAGGACAUGAAACACUCAAUGAGAUAUUUCUACAACCUUUAAUGAGCUUUUUCAGUUUGCUUUGUGAUGCUUAUAUAUUAGCCUGCAGUUGAUCAGAAUACAAUUCUACAAAUUAAGUCUUUUUAAGUCAUUUCAGAUGCAAUCAGAAUGCUCAUACAUUAAAAAAAAUAUAUAAAAUGCAAAAUAAACAAACAUCUCUUGAACAUUUA